UUCAGCUGUAACGCCAUUAGGAUUUGGGAUCGUUAAACCGGCUAAACACGCUCUGAGGAUCAACAUCCGCCGUCGCGUAAAUAAUUUCUCCAGGGCUUAACAUGGUUCGAGGUGCUCGUGGCGGCAUGAUAAGAGGUGGGCGAGGAGGGAUGGGGCGCGGAAUGGGGUUUCCUAGGAAGCAGUUCCUGCCCAGACAUCCCUUUGAUUACACCCUUUGCGAGGCUGCGUUUCCUCGCGUCAAGGCAGCCGCAGAUGAGGCUGAUUUCACUACCGCACUUCUGAAGAAAAACUCGGACAUGUGUCCGACGGCGAAAGAGCAGAAUUCUAUCUUAAACCUCGUUACCAAGCUACAAGGAGUUCUGGAUAAUCUAAUCGUUGCUCCUGGAACCUUCGAAGCUUGUCAACUCGAGGAAGUCAGGCAGGUCGGGAGCUUUAAAAAAGGGACAAUGAUCAAGGGUCAUAACGUAGCAGAUAUCGUUGUUAUCCUCAAAACGUUACCAACAAAAACCGCGGUCGAAGCACUGGGCACGAAAGUAAACACAGACUUGAAGGCGGGCAAUCCUAAAGAGGCGUUUAAGCUAACUCAAACGGAACGUGGAUUUGAUCUUUCAACCAAUGAGGCCACUGUUCGCGUCCUCAUUACCACUUUGCAUCAAAAUUUGCGUAAAUUGGAAUCCGAGCAACAUCUUGACGUUAAAAUCUGCCAAGGACACCUAGCAGCCAUCAGACACUCCCGAUGGUUCGAAGAAAACGCCCAUCACUCGAGCAUCAAAGUACUGAUCAGAUUGCUGAGAGAUUUGCGGACUAGAUUCGAGGGUUUCGAACCCCUGUCUCCAUGGAUGCUAGAUCUUCUGGCACAUAACGCAAUCAUGAAUAAUCCCAGCAGACAAGCACUGCCGAUAAAUCAAGCCUACAAGCGUGUGCUCCAGCUCCUCGCUUCCGGGUUAUUUUUGCCUGGGUCAGCCGGAAUUUCCGAUCCCUGCGAGGGUGGAAACAUCCGCGUACACACCGCUAUGACUUUAGAACAGCAAGACCAAGUAUGUCUAACGGCACAAACCCUGUUACGAGUAUUGGCGCACGGUGGUUAUCGGCCAUUGCUCGAAGGCGGUAAUAAAUUAGCGGUAGAAAUGAGUGUAUGGGCUGGCGGUGUGGUUGCCAGUCCUUUGGACAAAGCCUACGAACCUCCAACGGAACAGGAACAGCAGGAGGAGAUGGACGAAGGAAAUGAAGAAAUGGUGACCCAAGACGCAUAAGGAACUCAAUAUUUUACAGAAACGAACGAACCCAGCUUGUUCCAGAUCGUUAUGAGGCGUGCCUGUAUCUCUGUCUGUAUAUUUGAUACAAUUUCACGUGAAAUUUGGAACGACUCUAUACCUACAUGGUAUAACUUAUAUAAUUACUAUAUAAUUACAAAUUUGUACAAGGAACAGUAUCAACAGAGCGGAGAUGGGUAAAGAGAAAUUGUCCAUUUUCAAAUUCGAUAAUCAAUUUUUUCAAUGUAUAUUCUUUGACUUUUGUGGGCAACCCGACGUACACACUACAUGUAUGUGUGUGUUUAUCGUUGCCUAUUGGUCGUAAAAAAAUUUAUCCUGGUCAAAACAUAGAUGAUGAUUUAUUAUUUUUCAGUUUAAAGCACCGAACAUCUUAUUUUGACAAACAUUUAAUAUAUAAUGCGAUUAUGUAAUUACCUACGUAUAUACGGAUACAUUCGGAAAUAACUAGCUUAAUAUUAAUAUAAUUCCUAUCAUUACUAUUAUUAUUAUUGUUAUACUGGUAGAACGUCUCGUGUGCGUGUGUGUGCAGUCUUCGUAUGAAUUUGGAAGUACGUUUUCGUACUCGUCAACGAGAAAUGACGAGCAAUUGUACCAUCGUCAUAGGUCAAAUUAACAACGUCACUUCGAGAAUGCGACGAAGUUAUUUUGAUCAAUAAAUAUUCGGUCUUUACACGUACGAGCCCGUCGCGUAAGUGCUUCAACUUACUAACGUGAACCUCUGUUUUAUUUUAUGUACA